UUGGUGUGUUUUCCAGCCCUGCAGAGCGAUUGAAGGUGAAGCUGCUCUCCUGUUCUCCUGCCGACACCAGCACCAGCCCGUCCCGGACCAGACCAGACCAGCACCCACCCAGCCAGCCUCUCCGCUCCAACAUGUCCCUGUUCAGCGAGGUCCCGCAGGCCCCGCCGGUGGCCGUGUUCAAACUGACCGCAGACUUCAGGGAGGACGGAGACGCUCACAAGGUGAACCUGGGGGUCGGAGCUUACCGCACUGACGACUGCCAGCCCUGGGUGCUGCCGGUUGUGAAGAAGGUGGAGCGUCUGAUUGUAGAUGAUGAGAGCCUGAACCACGAGUACCUGCCCAUCCUGGGCCUGCCAGAGUUCCGCUCUGCUGCUUCUAAGGUCGCUCUGGGAGACGACAGCCCUGCCAUCAAGGAGAACAGGGUGGGAGCGUGCCAGGCCCUGGGGGGCACGGGAGCGCUGAGGAUCGGCUCAGCGUUCCUGAGGAAGUGGUACAACGGCGUCAACAACGCAGCCACGCCCGUCUACGUCUCAGCACCUACUUGGGAGAACCACAAUGGUGUGUUUGCUGAUGCUGGCUUCCAGGACAUCCGCCCAUACCACUACUGGGAUGCUGCUAAGAGAGGCCUGGACCUCACCGGGCUCCUGGACGACCUGGAGAAAGCUCCAGAACACUCCAUCUUCGUCCUGCAUGCUUGUGCCCACAACCCCACGGGCACCGACCCCACCCAGGAGGAGUGGAAGAAAAUCUCCGAGGUCAUGAAGAGGAGGAAGCUGUUUGCCUUCUUUGAUUCAGCGUACCAGGGCUUUGCUUCUGGAAGCCUGGACAAAGACGCCUGGGCCAUCCGCUUCUUCAUCUCCGAGGGUUUUGAACUCUUCGUUGCUCAGUCCUUCUCCAAAAACUUUGGCCUGUAUAAUGAGAGAGUGGGGAACCUGACAGUGGUUGCCAAGGACAACGAGAACCUGACCCGCAUCCUGUCCCAGAUGGAGAAGAUUGUGAGGGUGACCUGGUCCAACCCCCCGUCUCAGGGAGCACGCGUUGUCAGCAAGACCCUCAACUGUCCCGAGCUGUUUGCAGAAUGGAAGGGUAACGUGAAGACCAUGGCCGACCGGGUUCUGCUGAUGCGGGACCAGCUGAGGAGCAAGCUGGAAGCUCUGGGCACCCCCGGGACCUGGAACCACAUCACCCAGCAGAUCGGGAUGUUCAGCUUCACCGGCCUGAACCCCAAACAGGUGGAGUUCAUGAUCAAGGAGAAGCACGUGUACCUGAUGGCCAGCGGCCGCAUCAACAUGUGCGGCCUGACCAGCAAGAACAUCGACUACGUCGCCCAGUCCAUCCACGAGGCCGUCACCAAAGUCCAGUAAAGGCGUGUCCGCCCACACAGUCCUGCCUUCUGUCUGCCAUAGGAAGUACCGCCGUGUCUGCACCGCCGUGUCUGCCCCCCCCCCCCCCUGCUCGUCCUCUCCUCCGGUUGGUUCAACUGCAACACCGUUUGUUCCCAGCUGAACCAACGGGAGGACAGAUGUGUUCUCAUGUGAAAGUGUAAUGAUUAUCAGAAGACACUUGAAAGCACAACUCCAGGUCUCACUGUUCCCACAGCUCCACAAAUGAAUGUUUAGAAAGGUAAAUGUCGUUAGGUGAAUUAUCUCUGGUCACACAAGCUCACAUACGUUUUAGUCCCAGAGCAGACGAUGGGUUAGUCAGGGAGAGUUUUAAUGAAAUCAUCAUGCUUUCUCUAAAAGUAUAUUAUUGAGCAAAUGCAAGACGGGUAAGUUCAUGUAAAUAGGUGUCAUCACAUUGGAGGUCUUACUGUUAUCUGCGUAUGCACUAAAUUCUAACUGUAUUUCAGUUAUAAAACUAAAAAACCACGAAGAAGAAUAUUGGUUUCAUCCACUAGGACUUACAAAAGAGAAACUGUUUUAACCUGUACUGCCGGUACCGUUUAAUUCUAGUGAAGACGACUGAAACGCAUAGGACUUUGUCACGUGGAGGUUGAGAGUUGAACAGUUCUGCUCUCCGUCGUGAUCAGGUUGCAGUCGUGCACGUGCCUCAUGUUGAAGGAUUUGCCUCAUCAGGCUUCAGUUGGUCUAGUAAUGAGUUAAUAAAUUCACUGUUUUGUGCCAUCUCUGUACACAAGUCUUUUGUUUCCUUCCACCCUGCAGUGCCCUUGUUGUUUUACAGAAACUCACUUACUGUAAGGACCCAGUCUGACGAGACCUCCAGCCUGUCUUUAGCCACGCAGCUGCAGCCCCACGUUGUGCUGUUGUCUGUACUGGAAUACUGUAAUAUGUACGUUCAUGCUGGAAUAAAUUAUGAACCACACAAACCAA